GGCGGAGCCGCUGGCGGCGCCACCGGCGCGGCAGCCGUGUCGCUCGUGAACGGAGAGAAAGAGGUGCGGUGUUGCGUGACUGGGUGCGAGCGAUCGUGUAGCGCGUGUGUGUUUGUUGUGUUGCGCGAGAAUAAACGAUUUUAAGUAAGUCCUCCGUGUUCUCCUGUUCGGGAAAGGUGCCUGCGAACGAGGAGAAGGAAGAGCGAAGAGUGCAACCGGGGAAGCAGCGUGAGAACGAGAAAAGCGAGUGUGCGAGAGCAAGAACAAGAGAGAGAGAGAGAACGAACGAACGAGAGAGAGAGAGAGAGAGAGAACGCGCGAAAGGAAUAAAAAGAGAGAAAGAGUGAGAACGAGCGAGAAAGUGAACACGCGCCGGAAGGAGUGAGAGAGAAACAGUGUCAUCGGCUGAUCCGCUGGGGCCAUCGCGCGUUACGGGCAAGCAGCACAGCAUGUCGUCGUACAUCCAGGUAGCCGAGGACGAGGGCGAGGAACCGAUCGAGCUGCCCACGGAGGACGACACCACGCUCCUGCUCACCACCCUGUCCGCCCAGUUUCCCGGCACGUGCGGCCUGAAAUACCGCAAUCCGGAGUCGCGGACGAUGCGCGGCGUCCGGCUGGUCGACGGACGUCUACAUCCACCCGAGAACGGCUGGGGCAAGGCGAUCUACUUUUGCGUGUUCCCCAAAGAGAACAAACGUAAAUCUGAUGACAAUUUGGAAAAUUCCACAGCUAAAACUAAGAGAAUGGAAACGAAGUUGCGUUGCACUGACUUGAUUGUACUCGGUUUACCAUGGAAAACUACCGAGCAGAACUUGCGCGAGUAUUUUGAAACGUUUGGUGAAGUUCUAAUGGCCCAGGUAAAGAAAGACGCAAAGUCUGGGCAGAGCAAGGGAUUUGGUUUUAUUAGAUUCGGCAGUUAUGAGUCGCAGUUGCGAUGUCUCGCUCAACGUCACAUGAUAGACGGCAGAUGGUGCGACGUCAAGGUUCCGAACAGUAAGAAUAUUGAUGGCUUAGUGAUGGCACGUCAGUAUGAUACGGGCGGUAAGCACGGUAGCGAGUGCUACCGGCCUAUACCGGUGCACACGCCGAGCAAUCGCCGGGUGCCGGCGUCGAAGCCAUACGUAGCCAACGUAAACUCGUCAUCGUCCGAGACCACGGCUCCGCCCCCGAGCGCGCCGCCGCCUCCUCCACCACCUCCCAGAUACGACCCGGAGUACGAUUACAAAACCACCCACUAUCCGUCGUAUCCCCCGAAUUAUCCGUACGACGAUAACAAGUAUAAGUACGAGGGCGGCGGCGGCGGCGGCGGUGGUGCUGGUGGCGGCGGCGGCCAGCAGCAAUCCACGUACAACGCCUACAACGAGAAGCCGAGCUACACCUACGAGGAAACCGCCGCCUACGACUCGCGCGGCUACAUGGCACCACCACCGCCGCCACCGCCGCCACCACCACACGCGACCGCCGCCGCCGCCACCGCGGCGCCCAACAAUCCCGCGUAUCCGCCAUCCGACGCGGAUUACGGGCCGAGGUACUACGGCGAGGGACGUGGCGCCGUUUACCCGGUCGUCGAUGGCUGUCCGGACCAGUACGCGGACAAGGGACGGUACGGCAACUACGGAUACGACCAGCGAUGCUACUACGACCAGGCGGACGGACGCUACGCCGCAGCGGACUGUAGGUACGUGGAGACGCGUUACGACACGAGGCACCCGGACAGCCGACACAUGUCGGCCGACCCUGGCCGGGAGAUCGACUGCAGAUACGUCGACGGACGCGAGAUGGACAGGAGGUACGACGCCCGGGAAAUGGACGGCCGAUACGCGAUGGACGGCCGCGAGGUCGACGGCCGUUACGCGACCGCGCCGGACGGCCGCGAGGCAGCGGUCGACGGCAGAUUCGCCGACGCGCGAUACCCGGUCAAGGAGAACUAUUACGAUCGCUAUUACAAGCACCGGCCGUCGAGGGAUCACCAUCAUCACCACCACGUCGCGGACACGUCGCGAUACUGAUCAGCAGGCUCGUGACUAUCGUAAAUACAAUCAAUCAUGUUUCAAUGGGAAUAUAACUAGAGUCGCGUACGCGUCGACGCGAGACACAAGCCGCGACCCGACCUUUUCGCACCAGGAUUCGAUGUACAUUCCUCUGCACGUUGUCUGUACCACGUGUCUAUGAGCGUUACGAGAGAAUAUCGUCGUGCACGGCCCACGGUAUUGCGCGCGAUACGUUACUUGUUUCGCAGACUUCUCCUUCGCAGGAUCAUAGAAAUAUGCGCAAAAGUACUCGUAGAGUCGAGUGAAUUUUAGAAAUUAGACAAUUUUCAUGUGACACUUUCACGCUUCAACAUGCCUACGGAAUGUCCUAAUUAAUUCCGAGCGUUCCUUUCUCAUGGAAACUAAUCAUCGAGCGUUUAACGAUGCUCGCUGCGAUCGUACAGGGAACCUUUAUUGUUACUGUUUUACCAUUCUCACACUUGUCCUCAUUAGGUAAACGGCAAUCGACUUCUUUUAUUUCAAGAGACAAGAGACAUAAAAUCGCAUCUCGAUCAUUUUUCUACACUUACCUAACGUUUUCUGUUAAAAACAAAAAACACUUUGAAGUAGCAUAAUUAAUUAGUUCUUGAUUAAUUGUGUUUCAUCUGAUCAGCUUAUCAGAAGUAACGAGAUAGAUGCGUGGUAUGUCAUUUGUAAAGUGUGUAGAUAUACAUAUGUAUAUGUACGAACAUAUAUAUAUAUAUAUGUAUAUAUAUUUACUGUCGCUGUUUGUAAUGAUUUCAUUCACCUUCAUUAUUCAUUAACUCCGUUCUGCGCAUCAUUGUUAGAGCACAUACUGUACAUAAUCGAACGAAUCGACAUAAAGAAAGAAGAACAUUCGCAAAAUAUAUGUAUAUUUUAUGCAUAUACAUAGAAUUCCCAUUAAUUCAUGGUAUCUGUUAAACAUAACGGAUAUGUCCUAAUGGUAGCAAUAAUUAGCCUGAUAAUAAUUGUUGACACUUGGUCGGAUAUGUGCUUGUACCGUUAUAUUCAACUCGAGGGAGACAGUGUAAUGUGUAGCACGGGAUUCUCAGCAUCGACAUAUAAAUAAUAACAAAGAGAAAGGACAGAUUGUACAGAUUGAUGCAUGGAUUUCAAGUGGUCGUAGUGCUUAAGUGUCCGUUAUAAAAAGACAUACAAGGAUCUGUAUCUAUAAAAUCGAGCCGACCGACACAUACACAUUCUUUUCUUUUUUUUCUGUUUGAAUCGACAAAUAAAUACGUGUUUAAGGA